AUGGAAGAGAAGAUAGCCGAACACAUCGAGAAAUUGAAGAAACACUUUCAAUACCUUGCGUAUAGUGGAACAAAGAAGAUCAAACGCUACAGACGAGCUGUUGGUUGGUAUCUUCACCCGAAGGAAGGCUCAGGAUGGCGGGACAAAGCGCUGUACAGGUGGAACAUGGCAGAGCUAGUGGACUUCUUCCGAUCGGAGAUCCGAGUAUCAUCAACAGUGAUCCACAGGUUGGAGGAGUCGGAGAUCGAUGGGAGCAUCAUGGAGAUGACGUUGAACUCUGACGAUGGGGAUGAGGCGCUCCAGAGGGCGCUCAAGGUUGAUGCGCUAGUUGUGAGAAAAAUUCGUCGAAAGCUGGACGAGAUGGGCAAGGAUCAUGGACUCGAGCGACACAAAGACGAGCUGCGAUAUUUCUUUGAUAAGGCGAUGUUUGAUUCGAUUCCUGCGCCUCCUGUUGUCUCGCCGCUGCUGAUGCUGAAUGUUCGUGUUGCUUUUGCCUCUCAUCGACGUGUGGCUUUCAAGUCGACUUGUCUCCUGCCGUUUCCUCCUUUCCUCUCUCUCCUGGCCCAAUAUCCUCACUCUCCCUUCCCCCUCAGAGGUCUCGACUUCACCGAGGAGGCGCGCCUCAAAGCGCAGAUCCGAUCAGUAGCCAAGGGAGUAGAGCGAGAAGGGAAGCUCCUGCCACGGCAUCUUAACCAGGGGAUACCCAAGAUCCGGCAGAAGAGAGAGGUGGUGGAGAAAAAGAAGCUCAACUCUGCUAUCAGAGCUGUCACUGAAGAGCUGGAGGAGAGCGAGGAGUUCUUCGAGGAGUCGGCGAAGGACGCGCUAGAGGCCGGCGGGAUUUUCACCCCGGAGCACAAGGUCUCCAAGGAUCGGAAGUCCAAGGGAAAGAGCCUUAAGGUUGAGAAACCGAAGCCAGACAAGACCAACAUCGCUGUUCUCAACCCCAAGUACAAGUCGGUCGGCAUGUGGGAGGCAGUUGGGGCGACCAGGGGUGUACGAAAGAAGUUGGCUCAGACCAAGCAGCUGCGGGACGAGAAGGAGGAGGAGGAGCGUGAUGAGGGAGGGGAAGGAGACUUGUUCCAAGAGUCGAGCCAGCCAGGGAGAAGAACGGCUUCAUCCGCUGUACCUGUGCCGUAG